AGCGGGACCCCUCGAGCCACCUCGCUCGUUGCCCGCUCUGAGGGCGCAGCUCGCCCAUUGGCCAGCGCGGCGCAGGGCGGGAAAGGUGGCUAACGGCCGCAGCUGGCCCUCGGGGUGCUAGGGCGAUGGCGUCGGAGUUCAGAGUCACGGUGCCCGAGGACUCAGUCCGAACCCUCAGUCCCGGCAGGUCGGGCGAGAAGGUUGUUUUCGCUCCCACGGGGGAACUGGCGGCGUCGGGGACCCUGAAGAGCGGCAUGUCCCCAGUGCGAUCGGUGGUGGCCUCCCCUCGACCCGUGAAGGGGAAGGCGGGCCGGGAGGCGGCCCGGCGGCGGCUCCAGCUCCAGCUCCAACCCGUGUCUGAGGACGAGGGCCAGGGCGAGGGGGCCGCGGAGGAGGAAGACGAGCCCCUUCUGUCCGUGCCGGAGGAGGAGGAAGAGGAGGAGGAGGAGGAGGAGGCGCAGCCACUGCCCCCAGUCUGCGUGUCCCCCAUGAGGGGCAUGUGGCGGGACGAGAAGGUGGCGUUGUAUUGCGACGAGGUGCUGCAGAGCUGUAAGGCAGAAGAUGCUGAUGAGGCUAUGAGUAAAUACCUAUCAGAAAAAUUAAAGUUAAAAGACAAAUGGCUUGGAGUCUGGAAAACUAAUCCUGAGUUAUUCUUUGUGAAAUAUGAAGAAGCUUCUAUCCCUUUUGUUGGUAUACUGGUUGAGGUAACUUGUAAACCACACCAAAGCUCAUCGUCUUGUUUCAAAGUUACUGUUUCCGUUGCGGAGCCUUUUUCUUCUAACAUUGCAAACAUCCCAAGGAGUUUGGUGGACGAGAUUCUAGAAGAACUAGAGCACAGCGUGCCUCUCCUGGAGGUGUACCCUGUUGAAGGACAAGGGUCCGACAUACAGGACAUUGCUUUGGCCUUGGAAGUCGUAAGGUUUUUUUAUGACUUUCUUUGGAGAGACUGGGAUGAUGAAGAAAGUUGUGAGAAUUAUACUGCUUUGAUUGAAGAAAGAAUUAAUUUGUGGUGUGAUAUACAAGAUGGAACAAUACCUGGUCCCAUUGCACAACGUUUCAAAAAAACUUUGGAGAAAUAUAAAAACAAGCGUGUCGAGCUCAUUGAGUAUCAGAGCAAUAUUAAAGAAGAUCCCUCUGCAGCAGAGGCUGUUGAAUGCUGGAAAAAAUACUAUGAGAUAGUAAUGCUCUGUGGAUUACUGAAAAUGUGGGAAGAUUUACGCCUCCGAGUUCACGGACCUUUCUUUCCAAGAAUUCUGAGGCGUAGGAAAGGAAAAAGAGACUUUGGAAAGACUAUAACACAUAUUGUAGCCAAAGUGAUGACUACUGACAUGGUAAAGGACUUACCUUCAGACACACUUCUCCAACAGCAUGAUGAUUUGGAUUUGGCUGUGGAUAGUUGUUAUAGUGGAGAUACGGUAGUUAUUUUUCCAGGAGAAUAUCAAGCUGUAAAUCUUGCUUUAUUGACUGAUGACAUCAUUAUAAAGGGAGUUGGAAAGAGAGAAGAAAUCAUGAUUACUUCUGAACCUUCUCAUGACAGUUUUGUGGUGUCCAAAGCCGAUAAUGUGAAACUAAUGAAUCUAUCUUUGAUACAACAAGGGACCGUUGAUGGUAUUGUGGUGGUGGAGUCUGGUCAUAUGACUCUAGAAAACUGUAUAUUAAAAUGUGAAGGAACGGGAGUGUGUGUACUUACAGGGGCUGCUCUGACAGUUACAGACAGUGAAAUAACUGGUGCCCAGGGUGCUGGUGUUGAACUCUAUCCUGGAAGCAUAGCCAUUUUGGAAAGGAAUGAAAUUCAUCACUGUAAUAACCUCAGAACAAGUGACAGUUCAAAAAGUACCUUAGGUGGAGUCAAUAUGAAGGUUCUUCCGGCACCCAAAUUGAAAAUGACUAAUAAUCAUAUUUACAACAACAACGGCUAUGGAGUUAGCAUUCUUCAACCAACAGAACAAUUUUUUAUUGUAGCAGAAGCCCUCAACAAAGGGGCUGCUUCAGGAGAUAAAAAAGAUGAAAAUAUGCUCUCCAAAGUAAUGCAAAAUCUGAAUCUGGAAAUGAAUAAUAAUAAAAUAGAAGCAAACUUAAAGGGGGAUAUCAGAAUAGUCACAAGUUAAAGCAUCUGGAUUUGUGUUAUUAAAGUUUUAUAUUUCACGUAUUUAAUAAAUAUCAUCUCCCACAGAAAUGGCAGUUUUAAUUAAGUAUAUUUCAGAUAGAUGUUUAAUAAACGUCAGUGGUAGUUUUAAUGGUAGUUUAAAAAUAUUUAAACAUUUUAAUGCUUUUACA